GGCCAGCUCUCCCGCUAUCGCUCUCAGAAUGACCUUCUUGAUCCAAAUCAGUCAGGUUUCAAGACUAGUCAUUCAACUGAGACUGCUCUUCUCUGUAUCACGGAGGCGCUCCGCACCGCUAAAGCUAACUCUCUCUCCUCUGCUCUCAUCCUUCUAGACCUAUCGGCUGCCUUCGAUACUGUGAACCAUCAGAUCCUCCUCUCCACCCUCUCCAAGUUGGGCAUCUCCGGCGCGGCCCACGCUUGGAUUGCGUCCUACCUGACAGGUCGCUCCUACCAGGUGGCGUGGCGAGAAUCUGUCUCCUCACCACGCGCUCUCACCACUGGUGUUCCCCAGGGCUCUGUUCUAGGCCCUCUCCUAUUCUCGCUAUACACCAAGUCACUUGGCUCUGUCAUAACCUCACAUGGUCUCUCCUAUCAUUGCUAUGCAGACGACACACAAUUAAUCUUCUCCUUUCCCCCUUCUGAUGACCAGGUGGCGAAUCGCAUCUCUGCAUGUCUGGCAGACAUAUCAGUGUGGAUGACGGAUCACCACCUCAAGCUGAACCUCGGCAAGACGGAGCUGCUCUUCCUCCCGGGGAAGGACUGCCCGUUCCAUGAUCUCGCCAUCACGGUUGACAACUCCAUUGUGUCCUCCUCCCAGAGCGCUAAGAACCUUGGCGUGAUCCUGGACAACACCCUGUCGUUCUCAACUAACAUCAAGGCGGUGGCCCGUUCCUGUAGGUUCAUGCUCUACAACAUCUGCAGAGUACGACCCUGCCUCACACAGGAAGCGGCGCAGGUCCUAAUCCAGGCACUUGUCAUCUCCCGUCUGGAUUACUGCAACUCGCUGUUGGCUGGGCUCCCUGCCUGUGCCAUUAAACCCCUACAACUCAUCCAGAACGCCGCAGCCCGUCUGGUGUUCAACCUUCCCAAGUUCUCUCACGUCACCCCGCUCCUCCGCUCUCUCCACUGGCUUCCAGUUGAAGCUCGCAUCCGCUACAAGACCAUGGUGCUUGCCUACGGAGCUGUGAGGGGAACGGCACCUCAGUACCUCCAGGCUCUGAUCAGGCCCUACACCCAAACAAGGGCACUGCGUUCAUCCACCUCUGGCCUGCUCGCCUCCCUACCACUGAGGAAGUACAGUUCCCGCUCAGCCCAGUCAAAACUGUUCGCUGCUCUGGCUCCCCAAUGGUGGAACACACUCCCUCACGACGCCAGGACAGCGGAGUCAAUCACCACCUUCCGGAGACACCUGAAACCCCACCUCUUUAAGGAAUACCUAGGAUAGGAUAAAGUAAUCCUUCUCCCCCCCCCCCUUAAAAGAUUUAGAUGCACUAUUGUAAAG